AUGACAUUCUAUAAUGCUUAUGCAAAAGUAGCUGGGUUUAGUGUAAGGGCUUGGACUACUCAGAAAGAGCCGGGAAGUGGUGAAAUAAGAAGGAAGGAGUAUGUUUGUUUUAAACAAGGAAAAUCUUCAAGAAUCGCGGAUGUUGAAAAUAAAAGACGUCGAGGAAGCUUAGCAGAGGAUUGUCAUGCCAAAAUUGCAGUUUUAAAAUCAAACUCCGAAAAAUACAUUGUUACUGUUUUUAAUGAGGAGCACAGCCACCCUCUAUCAACACCAUCAAAGGUUCAUCUUUUAAGGUCCCACCGUAGCGUUUCAGCCGCAACAAAGUCUUUAAGUAAACAGUUCUCUAUGGUGAAUAUACCUCAGCAUCAACAAUUUAGUUUUCUUGGAGUACAAUCUGGAGGCAUAGAAAAUAUUGGGUGCACUCAAAGAGAUUUGUAUAAUCAUGAAAGGGAUAUACGUGCUGAUUUGAAAGGGCAUGAUGGUGAAAUGUUUUAUGAGUAUUUAAAAUUGGAACAAGGAAAGAAUCCCUCGUUUACUUUUCAAAUUGAGGCCGAUGAGGAACAAAAGAUUACUCGUUGUUUUUGGUCCGAUGCAACUUCAAGGCGGGCUUACAAUUUUUUCGGUGAUGUUGUAAUCUUUGAUACCACUUAUAACACUAAUCGAUAUGGCCUAAUAUUUGCACCAAUAAUGGGGGUUAACAAUCAUGGUCAGACAAUCCUUUUUGCUUGUGGAUUUUUAAAUCAUGAGAGCGUUGAUGAUUUUGUAUGGUUAUUUAAUCAGUUUUUGGCAAGUAUGCCUGGUGGUGCCCCGAAGAUGAUUAUUACCGAUCAAGAUCCAGCUAUGACUAAGGCAUUCCCUCUUGUUCUUCCAAAUACUUUUCACAGGUAUUGUAGUUGGCAUAUAUUAAUGAAGUUUUCUGAGAAAAUUGAUGCAGUGAAGUAUAGUAUUUAUAAAAGUGAGUUCUCGGCUCAUGAAUGA